AUGCUUUUCGCACGAGCGGUGACGUUCGUCGUCGCCGUCGUCGCUGUCGUUGGUGCUGACGAGCCUAUUAUCGAAAAAAAAUGCGACAAGAACAUUCUGUGGACCGGUGGUACCUUCGAAUGGCCUUGCGUGGCCACGAAGAGCAUAUUCAAGAAUAAUGGUCGUUACAUCUCGAAGAACAUCCUCGCCACCAGGGUUGCGAUCUACAAGGAUGAUGCCAUCCUUGCUUUACCUAGAUAUAAGCCUGGCGUGCCAGUGACCUUAGCGAGAGUCUCCUUGAAAGAUAAGAAUUGUCAGGCCUCCCUCUGGGCCUUCCCUUGUUGGUCGCUCCAGGAAGAAGGUACAUGCUCAGCUCUACAAAAUGUCGUAGACCUCUUUUUGGAUCCCCAGGAAGUCCUGUGGGUACUGGACACUGGUGUCAUAAACUCUCUUGAGCAACCGGAGCGCAAAUGCCCACCGAAGGUUGUCGCCCUAAAUGUAAAAACUGGCAAGGUCCUGAAAACAAUCGAUCUGUCCGGGCUGACGAACUCCGCGUCCCGACUUCAGUACGUUGUGGCGGACUACAAUCCAGACGGCCGCGUCUUCAUCUAUGUGUCCGACGCAGCCUCGCGAGCGAUCCUGGUAUACGACGUGACCUCUGGUCGUGGAUACCGCGUCGUACUUCCUCAAGCGGUGACUCUGAACUGCGACCGCCGAGACGUGCUCUAUCUCGCUCUGGUGCGUCACAAUGACGGUAGUACUUGCCUGCUCUUUACGUAUUUGGGUAGCAGCCGCGUGUUCAGCAUCCGAACGGAUCAUCUCCGAAGUGGCAAUGCCCAAGGCAGGAUACAAGAUCUUGGAGUGAAACCGCAGAAGAUAGUCAUUCUGGGCACAGACAACGGUAGUGCUAUCUUCUUCCGAUACGUAGGCAACGGCGAGGUCUACAGAUGGGACAGCAUCACGCCCUUCAUAGCCGCCAACUUCCAGCCCGUCUACGAGAACAGCUACGAAGGCUCCCUGCCUACUCACAUCGUACCCGAUUACAGGAGAGGACAGAUGCGCGUUCUUGAGAGCAACUUCCCGGAUUACAUGCAGGGUACCGUCGGCUGCGGAGCCAAUCAUGCUUUGAUUCUGAUGCACACGACCUUCGUGACGAUCCUGUCGCUAUUGUAUGUCAGAAUGAGGGCAGGAACACUAGAAACUAUGGCACAAUGGUCGUUGCUAGAGUUUGCACUACCGAACGAUUUUCAAUAUCAACCGGAAAAUAUAGUAAUGACCGGUAUCGAGAUAACCUGGAACAAAAUUUUCGUUAGCACACCUAGAUUACGUUCUGGUGUGCCGGCCACCCUGAGCUUCUUUCCUAGGAACGUACCAUUGGGUAGCAAUCCGAAGCUUCAAGCAUAUCCCUCGUGGGACUGGCAUGGUGCCGGAAGAGGAGAAAUCAAUUGUACUAGGUUGAUCUCGGUAUAUCGUACCAGACUGGACAGAUGUGACCGACUAUGGGUCGUUGACGCCGGUGUUAUGACAUCAAUUGAUGAUUUCAUGCCUGUCUGCCCGCCGAAGGUUGUGGUUUUCGACUUAAAAACUGAUCAAGUGAUUCGUCACGUCACUUUUCCGCGUGAGGUGUUAAGACCAGAUUCUUUGCUGACUAAUGUUGUUGUCGACGAAGUCUCGGCGAAAACCUGUGAUGACGUAUUUCUCUACAUGACUGACACUCUCGGUCCAGGAAUUCUUAUCUUCGAUGGUGCUACAGAUAGAAGUUGGCGAGUGGUUCAUUCAUCCAUGUUUCCUAAUCCAGAUCAAGCAAUAUAUACAAUCGGAAGUGAUACUUUCGAGUUCUUAGACGGCGUAGUGGGACUAACAUUUUCACCAAAACUCGGAAUCGUCUACUAUCAACCUCUGGCAACUGAUCGUAUCUUCAGUGUGCCUACUUCGGCUCUCCAAGCCGGUCCGCUACCUUUCGGUGAACAGUUACCUGUGACCUUGGUCGGUAGAAAGUCGAGUCAAGGUCUGGCACUGGCCGUGGAUCCUCGAGAUGAUACAAUCAUUUUCUCUCCCUUUACCGAGACCGCGAUCGCGUCAUGGCAACCGCAAACGAAUCAGCAGAGAAUCCUCGCUUAUAGUCCAGAAAAAUUACAAUUUACUGCUGACAUUUUAUGGGCAAAAUAUGAUAAUGGUAAUAUCUGGAUAAUGUCAUCAAGAUUCCACAAGUUCUUCCUGAGACAAAUUGAUAAUCGUCAGAUUAACAUCCGCAUCAUGAGACUCAAAGCGGAUAAUCAAGUGCUGAUUCCCGCUCUUUUUAAUCAGAUUGGUCCAUAUUUACAAUUCUAUAAUAAUACGCUAGGAUUCUAAAAAAAAAAACAGAAGUGUUCAGAUUGAAAGAAUUAUGA